AUGUUCGGCGUUAUUUUUUUGCUGUGCGCUUUUUCCGUUUUUGGCUUUGCUGAGGCUCAGUUCUUUCCAUACGGAGGCUACGGUACGUUUCAAAAUUUGAGAUAUUCUUUAGUUUAUUCUCAUGAUGGGGUUUUAGAAAAUCUUGUUUCAAACUAGAAGCUUAUUUGCAUACCAACAAAUUCGGAAAAUUGAAGCUACAAAAGGCCGAAUAAGUGGAUGCCUGUAUGCUACUGUAUUCAAAAGCUAUCCGACUCUUUGGAAAAAUAAAGUAAAAAAGAAUUCCUAAAUCAUUUCAAAACUUUCAGCUCUUUUUUGAGCGUAGACGUACAAGUAAUAAACAGGCUCAAAACUCAAAGCUUAAACUUUUUGAAACUUGCUUUAAUGUUCAUUUUCUUUAUCUGUAGCAUAAACCAUUUUCGGCUUGAAUCGGCCGGCUGCGGCAUUGCAACUCACGUGCAAAGCGUUCGUGAUGCGUUUCUGGCGGCAAUCUAAAAAUUUUCGCAUUUCUUGAUAUAGUCCAGUUUUCCUGUUGAAGAUUACUUAUAAUAAUAUUCCGAGAAGGAGAUUCUCUGGAAUUUCAUUUUAAAAAAGAUAGGUCAAGACGACAAGAGUUUCCGAAAUGCGAUAAUUUUUGAAUUAGCGUCAAAACGCAUCGCAAAACCAUUGCAAAUGAACUGACAUAGCCGCACGUUGCCGUUCAAAGCAAAACAAACGGAUUAGAAAUAGGUUUGGCUGUCAAGACGCAGACGAAGACCGUUAAUUCAGGAAUGAUGCCUCCACCAAUGCCGCCUCCGAUGUACGGCGGUUAUCCUGGUUAUGGAAUGGGAUACGGGGGCUACGGAGGCUACGGAGGUUACGGAGGCUAUCCCCCUUACUACCGGUAUAAUCCCAUCGGAGGCGCGAUUCGUGGAGCUUUGACCGGCGCCGCCAUCGGCCUCCUUGUUGGCAAAUAA